AUGAGUUCGAUUUUUCCUCUUCGUACGGUGUGGAUCAUGGCGGCGCUGCUUCUUCUUGCCAACACCAUCACGGUGGUGAAUUCCAUCCCCAACAGAGAACUAAACUCAAUGCUCAGCACUCUCCGAUCAAGAGGCUACCAUCUCUUCUGCAACGCAAUCCUCACCUCCGAUCUCCGAUUCGAUCUUCUCUCCUCCGACAACGCUAAUUCAACCGUUACACACUCUUUCACUUUCUUCGCUCCCAUGGAUUCCUCCCUCUUCGCACUCGACAUGGCUCAAACGGCGUCGUCUUAUACAGAUACUCUCCGUUACCACAUCAUCCCUCGCAGUAUCUCUCUUGGAGAGCUUCGCCUCCUUCCAAACGGUUACACGCUCCCUACACUUCUUCACACGCGCCAUCUUAGAGUCACGCGUCAUUUUCCUUCUUCUGUUACUUUUGUUGGCGGCGUGGAAGUUUCUUUUCCGGAAAUCUUUUACGGCCGUCACGUCGUUGUUCACGGCCUCGCCGGAAUUAUCAAUCUCCGGUCUAAUAUCAGUCAUAUUCAUUCUCCAGAUCACCAUCAUUUCUCAUCAAGAACGACUUUGCAUUCUCCGGAGAAUCAAACGGUUCUUGAUCCAGUCCCGAAUUCGGUUUCGUUCAACUUCACUGACAACCGGAAAGACACCUCUCAUCCGGUUGAGCCUCCAGUACCAGAGCCAACGCAAGCGCUUGCGCCGGAAAUUGGAAUUGUUCGUGUUCAUUCUACGGUGAAUCUUAGUAAUGCUCCUUCUGUUGCGCCGGUUUUGCCUCAAGAUCCUGCUUCAUCGAUAUCUGUUCCGCGGGAAGGAUAUUCCGGUUCGGAGGCUCCGGCGCCGGUGGAUCUGGAACCGGUGGUGCAAAAGAGUAGUAGAGUUUCGUUGUUUGUUGGUCAGAUGCAGUGCUAUGCAACCUAA